AUGGCGACGAGCGGGCGCGGCGGCGGCGGCGGCGGCGGCGGCGGCGACCGCGCGUCCGCGGGGGGCUGCAGGAGGAAGGCGGCGGCCGCGGCCGGGACCCUCGCGGCAGACAUGGACUCGCACUGCGACUGUGCCGCCGAGACGCCGGCCGCCGAGCAGCCGUCGGGCAGGAUCAACAAGGCCGCGUUCAAGUUGUUCAGGAAGAGGAAAUCGGGCGGCGCGAUGCCCAGCAUUUUCGGGGUCAAAAACAAAGGGGACGCGAAAGGCUCGGGUCCGACGGGGAUGGCGAGGAGCCGGACCCACGACGGCCUGGCCGAGGUGCUGGUGCUGGAGAGCGGCAAGAAGGAGGAGCCGCGCGGCGGCGGCGGCGGGGGCGGCGGGGGGCGGCCGGGCGCGGCGGCGGCGGCGGCGGCGGCGGCGGCGGCGGGGGGCGCCCCCAGGGCGGCGGGCCCCGGCGGGGGCUCCGCGGCCCCCAGCGCCGUGGCCAAGUCGCACAGCUUCUUCUCCCUGCUGAGGAAGAACGGGCGGCCGGACAGCGGCCGGGGCGAGCCCGCGGACGCGAGCAGGGCCGGCGGCAAACAAAAGAGGGGGCUCAAGGGGCUCUUCAGCAGCAUGCGCUGGCCCAGGAAGGACAAGCGGGCCAAGGCGGAGGCCAAGGGCGAGCGCGCGGGGGCGCCGGGCGGCCUGGUCCUGCCGGGCUCGCUCACCGCCAGCCUGGAGUGCGUCAAGGAGGAGACGCCCGCGCCCGCGCCCGCGCCCGCGCGCCAGCCGGAGCAGCCGCGCGGGGACGCGCCGCCAGAGCCAGCAGCAGGUGAGCCCGGAGGGGGGCAGCCGGGGCCGGCCCCCGCCGCUCGCGCCCCCGCGCCGGACCGCCGACGGGCCCCCGGCCCCGCCGCGCCUCGGGCCGAGGGCGCCCGGGGAGAGGACGCCGCGGGGCGCCGGCGCGCCGAGGAGCCCCGGGCACCCCCGGAGCCGGGCGCGGGGGAGGAGGCGCACACGGCCGAGGAUGCCUGCAGGACAGGUGACGCGCCGGCACCGCCCGCCCCCCUGCUCGACGCGGAGUGCGGCGGCCGGGCGGCGGCCGCCCCCGACCCUUCCUCUGUCGAUCCGCCCUCAGACCCGGCGGCCGAUCGUAUUUGUUUGAUGUUUUCUGACGUGACUUCACUGAAAAGCUUUGACUCUCUUACAGGCUGCGGAGAUAUUAUUGCAGACCCGGAGGACGAGGCGGGUCCCAGCUGCGACAAGCAUGCCCCCGGGCCUGGCAAGCCAGUCCUGUCUAAAAAGAACCCCGGCGUGGUGGCCUACCAGGGCGGCGGGGAGGAGAUGGCGAGCCCGGACGAGCUGGACGACACCUAUCUCCAGGAGUUCUGGGACAUGCUGUCGCAGACCGAGGACCAGGGACGAGGGCCCCAGGAGGCGGCGGCCACGGCGGCGGCGGCGGCGGCGGCCCUGGACGCCCAGGUGGGGCCGGAGACCCCCAAAGACGCCAGGUGCGCAGAAGGGGCCAAGGACGUGCCGUUGGGCAAGCAUCGGAGGCUCAACCGGGUUCCCAUGGAGCUCCAUCCCAAGGAGGAGCCCAAACCCCCGGAGAAGGAGCAGCAGGAGGGCGUCCCCAACAGCGACGAGGGCUACUGGGAUUCCACCACUCCGGGCCCGGAGGAGGACAGCGCCGGCGGCGGCGGCGGCGGCGGCAGGAAGGCGGCCAUCCCCCGGGAUAGCUACAGCGGGGACGCGCUCUACGACCUCUACUCCGAUCCGGAUGCGGGCCCGGCCGUCGUCCCCGCCAGCGAGGAGACGGCCUGCUUGUCCCGGCUAAAGCCCGUGUCCCCGGUCACCAUCACCUGCCCGCUGCGCACACCAGGCAGCCUGCUGAAGGACUCUAAAAUCCCCAUCAGCAUCAAGCACCUCGCGAACCUCCCGUCCAGCCAUCCCGUAGCGCACCAGCAACCGGUCAGGAGUGAGAUGCCCAGAACAAAAAUCCCGGUUUCCAAAGUGCUGGUCCGCAGGGUCAGCAACAGGGGCUUGGCUGGGACCACCAUCCGGGCAGCGGCGUGCCACGACACGGCCAAAAAGUUGUGAGGUCUCCGAGGCCGACGUGCGUGGACCACACGUCAAGGAAUACAACUUUCCCUGGGAACCACUGAAACAAGUUUUGCUUCCCCCUAAACCGAGGCUCUUAGGACCAUCCCUGCUCCAGAGCCUAGACCCAGGAGGUCCCUGUGCGGCCAGCAGGGGCAGCAGGAUACAGCGUGGAGGGGGUGCUACACAUGGGAUUCUCCUCUCAAGAUAAGUUUCCUGAGAAUUAUUUUCAAGCACUUUUAAUUUUUUUACCUUUCAAAACAAAAAAUCUUUGCUUUUCCUUUUUUUGCUUUGAUGCGCUCAACACUUGGAAGUCACCUUUACUUGCCUUUGCAGAAAACAGGACUUAACCAAACAAACCUAAGUAAGCGUCAUGCCGUGAUACUCGGCCGUGCCAGGCAGGGUGCAAAGAGGGCCUGGAGGAACCACUGCCAACCCCAGAGGAGCCCCUCCUC